CACACCGGAGAGAGUUCCGGCGAGCGAUAUAUAUUAAUACCCCUCUCGAUCUAACGGUAGAGAAACUCCCUCCGUGAGGUUCCAGGCUAUGGUCAACCAUCAUUGACUUGAUCUUUGCUCUCACCUUCCACCCGUGUUCUGUUUUUAUUUAUUUAACGAAAAAAUAACUUCAUAUAAACCUCAUGGCUGAUCUGAUCACACAACCUCUGUUGCAAACCAAACUCCAUUCAUGCACACACAAACGAACCUAAAGCUUCCUCACCUUUUUAGUUCAUGUUUUUUCUUAUAAACCCCACCCUAGCUUGUUUAUCAAGCAUCCUAGUUCUAGCUAGCUCAAAGAUCUCUCAUCCUUUUACUGUUAAAUUAUCCAAUUAGGCAUGAAGAGAUUAUUCUCUCCAGUAGUGUUGGUGUCUCUCUUCUUAUCACUCUCAUCAGCUAUAUGUUCAGCCACCGUUGAAAACGCGGCGGACUGUGUAGCCGUCGGAACGCUGAUAUCCUCCUGCACUGAGUUUGUGAAUUACGGCUACCCGGAUCCUGUACCCGGUUCAAGCUGCUGCGACGCGAUGACAGUCCUCGGAACUUACUCUGAUUCUUCUGACAAGAGACGCUGGCUCUGUAACUGCUUCAUUGAUCUCAUCAGUGUCUAUAACUCAAACGCCACCGCCAUCUCUACCUUGUCUGGCUUCUGCGGCAUCGUUUUGGGCUUCACCAUCGACCCUAACACCGACUGCAACUUUGAAGAAGGCAAGGGACAAGACUUUGGUUGUGGAUCAAACUGAACAGAUUGUUUAUGAGUGUCUUUAAUCUAAACAAAUAUGUAUUAAAUUAAACUCAUAGUUCUUGUCUUGUUUAAAAACAGUAACAUCGAUUAGUUUAGAGUUUUGUUUUGAUUGAACAUUUAAUCAAGAAAGAUAAAAAGAACAGAGUUGUGUUCCUUCUUA